ACCUGUCAGCUUUAUGUUUACCUCAUAUUCUCCAGACCUACAUCACCGUUAAGUAUAAUUGCCCUUUUGGAUGUAAAAAAAAAAAAAAAAAGCUUCAUUGUCUGGGAAUUCAUUCAUUCUGCCCGCAGGGAUCUGAUGCAGGACUUGAUCUCUCAUGACAGAUGUGUCCAAACCGAGGUAAUGUGUCUGUCAAAGGUUGUCAGGUUUUAUGGUUUUGGCUACUAAUUAUUGAAAUUGAACAAAAUCUGAUGCCAAUUUUAUUUAUUUGAAUUACAUGAUUUUUUAUUGCAGUAUCAAGUUAACAUUUUGAAUUAGCACACAACUUUUAUGUUUUGCAUGUUUUGCAUGCACAUUAAAAUCAGUUAUUAGUUGCAAGCUGUGUUUGUGGGUAAUAAUUAACCUUAUUUAUUUAUAACUUACCUUACGUCUCUUAAAUAUAUGACGUCUUGCAUCUGACUGAAGUGCGCAGUGACAGUUUAAGAGAAGCUUAAGAAAAUCAUGUGUGUAGGAAAAACAGGGUUGAGUCAUAUUCAUCUGAUAGCUUUGACGUUAAGAAUGACGUAUGGAAAUUACACACACACAGGCUGAUACAAAUCUAAGUGGAAACUCACUUGACCAAUCACUCAGUUUGUUUUCCAGUGUAGCCCAACACCUUUGGCCAGCAAAAGAGGUUGUUUGUUAUGGAAAAACCUCGGAUUGAAUACAGUUAUUUAGGCCUAUAUUUCUAAAAUUAACUGUUCUGUAGCUCUCGUUUUCUAUGCAUCUUCUAUGCAUUCUUGUUUUCUUUUUUCUCUUCUUCCGUUUCCUCUCUUGCAGUGAUGUGUGUGCAGUGAUCCAGAGAGAGGGAGACGACAGUUGAGCGGGUUGACAUGGCCACCCCAGACAAUCUGCUGUUCCUCGACACAGAUGCUGUCAACUCUUCCUUCGCUUCACCGCCCAUAGAGCAAAAUGAGCCCACUCGGGCCACGGACAACCAGACAGACGACAGCUUUAGUUCAGUCCCUGAUCCAGACUCAGGAUGCUCAGGAAUAAUGCCAGUUCCGUGCGAGGAUGGGACCACUGAGAUCCAUGAUACAAACAAUGAAAGAAAAAAUGAGUGUGAUUUAGUCUUAACACAGCCCCUGGAUCACACUGCAAUGAUAGAGAUGAAUAAAAGUGAUAACUGUGACUUCAGUGCUGCUGCUAUAAUGGAGACUGACAGUAUCACAAACAGUACUAACCUAAUUCACCAAUUAGACAGAAAUCAAAAUGACAAACAUGGUAACUCAAACACUAAAGAGGAUCCAAAUGAGGCUCAUGGCACUUUAAUGAGUCUAUUAUUAACAGAUCACAACAGACAAGAAGAAAUGAGCCAAGACACCAUUUUAAACCAAUAUGCCUCUUUUGAGAGCAUUAGACUUGAUGUUAACCCAAUGUGUAAUGUUGAUGAUCCCUUGGUAAAUACUGUCUCUAAUGUAAUGAAUGGUGCAAGCAAUGAGACUGAUGCAACUUCUUCUGAAACCCUCAUCCAGACUUGCCAUAAUACAUCUGAUGGUGUUGAUUUAGCAGUGGAAGCAGCGACUGAUCCAGAAAUACAGGACAAUGCAGAGGACUUGACAUGUUGUGGCUUCACAAUCUCUUCACAAGCAGAAGAUCCAAAGACUGGGAUUCAUCUAUCUUUGGCUGAUUUGCAUGAAGCAGACACUCUGAACAUCUUAAAACAUGCCUCUGAAGUAUUAGAUUUUUUGGGAUUGAACAAAAAUGUCUUGGAAACAGCUGACUGGCUGGUCAAUGACAGCGAGAUCAUUCGGACUGCAAAUAAAGACUUGGCCUCCACAAAUGUUGAGUUUUGCACCGGCGCGUUAACCCAAAUGGUUCCGAAUCUACUACAGGAUUCAAAACAUGAUGUAACAGAAUCCGAAUCCAUCAGAACAGAAGAUUCCAUCCUUGAUAGAACGAUUGAAACAAAAUUCCCAUUGGACAUCAGUAGGGUGCAACCUUUGGCAGCUGAGAAAACAGAUAAUUCUGAGUCACUUUUCCACCGAUCCAUGAUUAAAGCCUCACAAAUUGGUGAAAAACAUGAGAAGGAUCUUUCACAAGUGAUCGUUUGCCCAACACCUGUCACAAAUAGAGAUUUAGGUGAAUGUUCUGAGGACUUUGACGAUGCUUGCUUAAAGUUCACAAGAAUGGAACAUGAUGUUGAGGCUGGUAGCGAGUUGUGGCUGGACGCCUGCCAGUUCUUGGCGGGUGAAGAGGAUGAGGGUGCUAUUUUUGACAAGUGGGGUUGUUCGUGUUCCCCCAGCCCCACCACAGCCCAUCCAGACAAAACAAAAGCCUCGGAUUACUCCAGCAGAGAGAACAUUUCAAUUGACCACCACACUGAAGACUGUGAGCUGAGGUUUCCACCUCUUGAGAGGUGGUCAUCCUCAGACAACUGGGCUAGUGCACUUUCAGAUUGGUUCCAGGCCGUUAACACCUAUUCAGAAGACUCUUUUACCAGCGCUAACACUUCAAGCACUGGUCCUAAGCACGGUAUGGCAAUCCAAGACAACAUUUUGAAGCAAGGAACAAGUCCUGAUAAUGCAAACAUCAUUGGACAGACCUGUCUGAACCUCUUAGAACCAGGUCAAGCCUUGAGUAGAGGACUAGUUGAGUCUGAUAACACUAAUGGAACUCUUUUUAAACUAGCUGAUAAACAUGGACUUCCUUCUCAUUCAGACUCAGACAGACAGGACAAUACAACCAUGGAGAACAACAUGAGUAUGUUGGAGAGGUCUGCAUCCAUUAAACCAGAUGCACCCAUGCAUAUGCCUAAUGCAUCAAAAUCUUCUGCAAUCGAGGCCAGUGCCAAACUUUAUGGAACUCGACAAAUCCCUGGAGAGCUUUGGAGAACAAAGUCGGAAGGAAAUGCACUGGUGGAGGUGACCGGAGACGAGGUUUCUCAACUCACAAGCAGUUUUACUUCUCAAAGGAUCUCAGCGUGCACAAGCGGCAAGAAUUUAACUGACUGUGUGAGUGGAGAGGAGCGGCGUCACGGCUCCGAUGUGGCUCUCCACACAUGUCCCUCUCAGUCCAACAGUUGCGGACGUGCUGAAGGAAAUGAAACGUUUGUACAUUGUAACACUGAGGAGUGCACCGUGAAGCCAAAAGAGGAGGAAAUAAAUACAUUUCCACAGUUUAUCAUGCCGUUUGCUCCACUCAGUACUGCAAAUACUUUCCUCAAUAGUAGUUUAUUGAAAAGUCCACAGGAUAUUUCACCUAAAGGUAUUAUUAAUGAGAUGCACAUUAAGAGUGAUCAAAAAUCAGUCAGUGGUGACGAUUCGUUUGAAGAUCGCUUUCAUACAUGCCCUGACCAGUCUUCAUCCUCAUCCAGUGGAGAUUCAGAUGAACCUUCCAUCAAGGACACGAAAAGAAAAGCAGAGUAUAGUGAUACCUGUGACAUCAGCAAAGAGCUUUCUAAGUUAAUUUUACUCACAGGACAGCGUUUUACGGUGUCUGAAGACAAACGUGUUGGAUAUGUCACUCUAGACUUGGAAGAACCCACUUUAAAUAAUUUAUCAUUUUCAAACUACAAGGAACGAUCCAAGACAGACAAUAUGCCUCACAUGACUUCCAAAACUUCCUCAGAUGGUAAAACACGCCCUGAACAUAAGGAGAAACCAGCUGAGAAGCAGCAAUAUGGGACUCAAACAUCAAAGAGGCAAGAUCUUCAGCACCCAUCCCAGAUGACAGAGGAAUUCAAUUCAGAAGGAGAUGGCUGUGAAGAUCAUCCAGUUACAGUCAUAGAAACCAUCGUUAUCACAGAGAAGGUCACAGCUAAAACGGUAACCCAAGGGAAAAAGAAAAAGAAGCAUGCACAACACGGGACACCAAAACCCGAAAAUGAUCCACUGAGUGACAUAGGGAACAGAAGCACUCAGAAGAACCUUGACCUGAAGGUCGCAUCAAUUGGUCUGGAUAAACCAGCAUCUCAUCUUCCCACUAAAAUGGACGUUACGAGCAAAGAUAGCACUCAGAAAGUCAUUUCAGUGAGACCCAAAGUAGAACCCUACAAUGGCAGUGUAAAUGCCUUUCAGAAAGCCACCCCUAUGAAACUCAAAGUAGAUGCUGGUAACACAGCCAAAAUGGAAAAAAAGACGUGUACCUCUGAUCCUCCAAGCAUGUGUUUACCCAGCAUGCUGAAUGAUGACAUCAAGCGCAGGCGAAUCGCAGAUGACCUGUCUGGAGCAGUUCCAGUCAGGACGAGGCCACAGCUGCCCGCUAUUUUCCGCCAAGCAAGAAAAGAUGGAGAAGAUACGACCCGAAGAGAUUACAGUGAGGUUGUCAAGCAGAAGACUCCUAUACCCAAAGAAGUUGUGGUUCCUCGUGUAGUCUCGGAGAUCCAGGCUGACCCAGUCCCUACUGACCCCGAGAACAUCUUGCUUUGGUGCAAGUUCAGUCCCGUCCCACCUGGUGCCACCAUUAAGUGGACUAAAGAGGGAACAGUGCUGUCAGAGAUAAACAAAGUAGAGAAGGAUGAUGGCCGCUUCACUUUGCAAAUCCUGAAGGCUUGCAGGAAAGAUCUAGGGCUGUACAAAUGCAGCUUGAAAGCUGCCAACAUUUCUGUUUCGACCUCAGAGUACCAUCUGACAUCUGAGGUGCUUAUGGAACUAGUCAUUCCCAGUCAUGAUCAGCCAGCUGAGCCCGGGGCUGUGGACGGAGAUGAGGAGAACAUCCAGUGCAGCCCGCUUCUCUUUAAGGAAGAUUUUCUCUCAGAUCAGUACUUUGGGGAGAAUCAACCAGCGAGCAUCGUGACUGAAAAGGCCCACUUCGGUGAAGGCAUGCAUCGCAAGGCUUUCAGGACCACUCUUAGAGAAGGCAAUCUGCCGAGCUUCAACCCCGGCCAUCCCUGCGUCCUGAAAGUACACAAUGCCAUCGGCUAUGGGACCAAAACUAAUGAGGAACUCGUCCAGAAGAACUACAGCCUGGCUGUGGAGGAAUGUCAUGUGCAGAAUACCGCCAGGGAAUAUUUUAAAGCAUACAAUAGUGUGGCCAAGUCUACAGAAUCAUUUGGAGAGGUGCCAGAAAUCAUUCCUAUUUAUUUGGUGCACCGGCCAUCUAGCGACGUCCCUUACGCCACGCUGGAGGAGGAGCUGCUAGGAGAUUUUGUGAAGUACUCCGUGAAGGACGGGAAGGAGAUCAACCUGAUGCGCAGAGACUCUGAGGCGGGACAGAAAUGCUGUGCCUUCCAGCACUGGGUCUAUACACAGACCGACGGCAACCUGCUGAUCACCGAUAUGCAGGGUGUGGGUAUGAAACUGACAGAUGUUGGGAUUGCCACCUGUAAAAAAGGCUAUAAGGGCUUCAGAGGAAACUGUGCCACGUCCUUCAUUGAUCAGUUCAAGGCUCUUCAUCAGUGUAACAGGUACUGUGAGCUUCUGGGCCUGACGUCUCUUCAGCCCAAGCCAAAACGGACCGUCGGCCCGCCAAAGCCAACAUCACAACCGGCUCCGAAGAAAAAAACCUUCGGCCCCGUUCUGAAUGGCAAAUCCUGAUUGCACAGAAACUCUGAACGUAUGCUUGUAGGAGAACUAGUGUUCGCCGUUUUCUUGCUCAGGGACAAACAUGUUUCUGAGAUGUUUCUUUAAAUGUAAGAUGACAUUCAUCUGUAAGGACAGUCGCGAGCUUACUUCUUUCUUGAGCGCUCGUUUGUUCUAUUGAAAUGAGCUUAUUAAUGAUUUUUAUUUAUUGUUUACAUUUUUUUAAGGAAUGAGUAGACUGACAAUUGAUAGAACACUUUUUCGAUGUGAUAUGUUUUGUUGAAAUCAAAGAAGUAUCAGCUAUAGUCUUUUAUCCAUCUUAUUAGCCUACUGGCACUUCUGAAUAACAGCUUCCUCUUAUUAUGAUUGUUUGUUACAAUAUGUGCAAUAAGUACUUAGUUUGUCAAACUGCUAAAUCUUAAGUAGAUAUUUACUUUAUGGGUGAUAUUAAUGUACUGUUCAGUACAAGAUGGUUAUAUUGAAUGUAACUGCUAGAAUUGAAUGUUUGAAGCUUCUCAUAUUCUAUGGUAAUAUACUUCAUUUUCACAUAAAUUUUAUGUAGAGUUUAGCAUUGAAUUGUUCUUGAAUUUUGGAUUUGUAAAGUUCAUCUACGCCGUGAUGAGGUGGUAAAUCUGAGACUAUGGAAAGGUUUGUACACUUGCCCUAGUAAACAGCUGUUGAUUUGCCUCAGGAAGAAUGACAAUCCUCCACCUUCACGUUUCCAUCAUCCUUCCAGAGUCAAAUGACUUAUUGCCUCAUUGCUAAAUAUAAGCAAACACGUUCGAAGCCAGGCAUUUGGCCUGUUAAUGUUAAUGAACUGCACAAAUCAAUCACUUGAAAUUAAAAACUCUGAUGUUACCAUUGCUA